UUUUUCUUUCUAUAACUGCUAUAGUUUAUACUAUGGUAAAGAGUUAUAGAAUGCAUACUUCUAGCUCUCGAAGUAAAUUUGAGCUUUGCGCCUCGACGGAUUUACCCUCUCUUGUAGCUAUAUCAUCAACAGUUGAUAAUGAAAGUGAUGAGCUUUUUUGGAAGGGAUACAUCGACCUUCACCGUGAACGUUAUAUACUUGAAUGUGUUUCUGCGGAAAGUGAUAUUGAUCUCACUAUUAAUCAG